UUAAUAAAAAAAAAACACCUGCUAAACAGAUUCCAUAUUAUAAUCAUUGAUUCCCUUCCAUUUGUAAAAUAAAGACGCGUACGAAGCGUUCUUUGCGCGUAAAAAAGUUUUUUCUGCUUUUGAAAAAUGAACUUACGUUUUCACGUGUUUUUCGGCCAGUUACUGUGGGUUGUAGCGGUUUUAAAUGGCAAGACUCUGCAAGGAGUUCCAGGAUACGGAAGAAACCUUAUUAUUAAAACUUUACCAGCAAUACAAGACUAUCAGAGCAAUAUAUACGAAGUUUAUAUGGAACCCUAUUUGUAUGAAUUGGGACGACAAGGAUAUCCGUUGAGCGGUAAUCGUGCUGAAAAACAAAUCGACCUAGCCUUUGCUCCGAGGUCAGCUCCAGGUCUGCAAGCCAUCGUCCAUCUACAAGCCGAUGAGGGUUCCGGAGUCAGCGGAGAAUUGGUGUUCACUCAAAUCGUACCCAAUGGUCCCGUCACUAUAGAGGGAAACGUAACUGGCUUAGAACCAGGUCUUCAUGGUGUGCACGUCCACCAGGUCGGAUCUGUGAAGGAGAACUGCCAGGAUAUUGGACCACACUUUAUAGCUUUUUACGGACGUCACGGCGGGCCGCGCGAUCACGUCCGCCAUGUUGGGGACCUCGGUAACAUAAAAGCCGAAGAUGGCGCCACUGUCAACGUGAAAAUUGUCGACCAUUUGAUAUCUUUGGCGGGACCACGGUCUAUAGUUGGCAGAUCUUUAGCUAUAUCUAAAGGAGAAGAUGAUUAUGGGCGAGCCAGUACAGAAGACAGCGCGCUGACUGGUACCUCGGGGCCGGCUGUCGCUUGUGGUAUAAUAGGCUAUUUGAAUUAA